AUGCGCAGUAGCCGUGCGGGGGGCUUUUUCCCCAAGGGUCAGUUACAGGGCAGGGUCAAGGGGAUUGCGGCGGGCGUAUCCCAGCAGCAGCGAGCCUUGCACGCCCGGGGGUUCCGGGGCCGUGUUGUGGGGGAGGUGCGGGGGGCACAGGGAAAGUUGCGCCCGCGCGGGCUGGCGCGCGGCGCGCGGCGGGAGGGGACUGCGGAGCCCGGAGCGCUGUCGCCGGGCGCCUCCACCUGCCCGGGCCGCGAAGGGGGGGCCGGGCCGAACGCUGCCGCGAGGCUCGGGGCCGCCCCGGGUCUGCGCGCCGCGCCCCCCUGCCCCGCGCGGAGGGUGAGCCCGCCCGGAGCGAGCGCGGCGGGGCCACCGGAGCCGCGGCGGCGACCGCGACGACGACAGCGGCGGGGCAGGCUGCGGCGCUCGGGGUCCGGCACCGCGAGCCGAGCCGUUGGGGACCGCGGCCCGCCGGUGCGCCCGCGCUCCCGCCCGUCCCCGCCGCCGGCCCGCGCCGCCCGCCGCCCCGCCCCGCCCGGAGCCCGCCGCGGGAACGGUGGCGCGGACCGCGGGCGGCGGGCGGGCCCAGCGCGGACAAAGAAAGAAGAAGUGAGGAGGAAGCACAUUCGUCUGCACAUGGAGGGGACGCUGACUGCCCGGGACAAGGUCGGGGUGCAGGAUUUUGUGCUGUUGGACGCGUACACCAGCGAAUCCGCUUUUGUGGACAACCUUCGCAAGCGUUUCAGCGAGAACCUCAUAUACACAUACAUUGGGACCCUCCUUGUGUCCGUGAAUCCAUACCAGGAGCUGGGAAUCUACACCGUGAGCCAGAUGGAACUUUAUCAAGGGGUCAAUUUCUUUGAACUGCCACCACAUGUCUAUGCCAUAGCCGACAACGCUUACCGCAUGAUGUGCUCUGAACUAAGUAACCACUUCAUCCUCAUUUCUGGAGAGAGCGGGGCAGGGAAAACGGAGGCCUCCAAGAAGAUUCUCCAGUAUUUUGCCGUGACCUGCCCAAUGACCCAGUCACUACAAAUAGCCCGUGACAGACUGCUGCUCUCCAAUCCAGUGCUGGAGGCUUUUGGAAAUGCCAAAACACUCCGGAAUGACAACUCCAGCAGAUUUGGAAAAUACAUGGACAUACAGUUUGACUUUCAGGGCGUUCCCGUGGGUGGGCACAUCAUCAGUUACUUGAUAGAAAAGUCCCGAGUCGUCUAUCAAAACCAGGGGGAGCGGAAUUUCCACAUCUUCUACCAGCUGCUGGCGGGCGGCGAAGAGGAACGUCUUGCUCACCUGGGACUCGGGCGAGACCCCCAGCUGUAUAAAUACCUCUCACAGGGUCAUUGUGCCAAAGAGUCAUCUAUUAAUGACAAGAACGACUGGAAAACUGUUUCCAAUGCCUUUUCUGUCAUUGAUUUUACUGAAGGUGACCUUGAGAAUCUCUUUGGAAUCAUCGCCAGUGUCCUACAUCUGGGGAACAUUGGUUUUGAAGAAGACGACCAAGGUUGUGCCACCAUCCCAGACACCCACGAGAUCAAGUGGAUCGCCAAGCUCCUGGGGGUCCACCCGUCGGUCCUUCUGGAAGCUCUCACCCACAGAAAGAUUGAAGCCAAAACUGAGGAGGUGAUAUGCCCACUGACGCUAGCACUUUCUGUCUACGCAAGAGAUGCAAUGGCCAAGGCCGUUUAUGGACGGACAUUUACAUGGCUGGUCAACAAAAUCAACUCCUCCCUAGUGAACAAGGAUUUCACCAGGAAAACCGUGAUUGGAUUGCUGGAUAUCUAUGGGUUUGAAGUCUUCGACAAGAAUGGUUUUGAACAGUUCUGUAUAAAUUACUGCAACGAGAAACUCCAGCAACUGUUAAUAGAGAGGACUCUCAAAGCAGAACAGGCAGAAUAUGAAAUGGAAGGUAUAGAGUGGGAGCCGAUUCAAUAUUUCAACAACAAGAUCAUCUGCGAUUUGGUGGAAGAGAGACACAAAGGAAUCAUAUCCAUUCUGGAUGAAGAAUGCAUUCGUCCUGGACCUGCUACGGACUUGAGUUUCCUGGAGAAACUGGAAGAGAAAGUGGGCAAACACGCACACUUCGAAACCCGUAAGCUGGCCGGGCCGAAAGGCCGAAAGCGGAUCGGCUGGAUGGAGUUCCGGCUUCUCCACUAUGCGGGAGAGGUCACCUACUGCACCCAGGGAUUCUUGGAAAAAAACAACGAUCUCCUUUACAGACAUCUGAAAGAAGUGCUGUGCAAGUCCAAGAACAGCAUCCUGAGGGAAUGCUUCCUGGUGGCUGAGUUAGAAAACCGGAGGAGGCCGCCAACAGUGGGGACUCAGUUUAAAAACAGUCUGAGCAGCCUUCUAGAAAUUCUCAUCUCUAAGGAACCCUCGUACAUCCGUUGUAUCAAGCCCAAUGACAGAAAAGAACCCAGCAAGUUCGAUGACUUCCUCAUAAGGCAUCAGAUCAAGUACCUGGGGCUGAUGGAGCACCUGCGGGUGAGGCGGGCUGGCUUUGCGUACCGGCGGAAAUACGAGCAUUUCUUGCAGAGGUACAAGUCCUUGUGCCCUGACACCUGGCCGCACUGGCGCGGGCCUCCAGCAGAGGGCGUAGAACGGCUGAUCAAAUACAUCGGCUACAAACCCGAGGAAUACAAGCUAGGGAGAACCAAAAUAUUCAUUCGUUUCCCCAGGACUCUGUUUGCAACCGAAGAUGCCUUUGAAUUUAGUAAACAUCAGUUAGUUGCGAGAAUUCAAGCCACAUACAAAGGCUGCCAAGGAAGGAGGGAAUAUAUGAAAAAAAGACGAGCAGCCAUCGUACUGGAAACCUACUGGCGCGGAGCCCUGGCUCGGAGGGAGGCCGAGAGGAGAAAGUGGGCUGUGCAGAUUAUCAGAAAGUUUAUCAGGGGAUUCAUCAAUCGCAAUAAACCCCUCUGUCCUGACUACGAGGAGUUUAUAGUGUUUGUGCGGAAGAAUUACAUCCUGAAUCUUCGCUAUCACGUUCCAAAGAGCGUCUUGGACAAGAGCUGGCUGAGGCCCCCGGGCAUUCUGGCGAACGCGUCAGAUCUGCUCAGGAAAAUGUGCACGAGGAACCUGGUGCGGAAGUACUGCCGAGGGCUCACGGCUGAGCGGAAAGCGAUGAUGCAGCAAAAGGUGGUUACCAGUGAACUAUUCAGGGGAAAGAAGGAAGGCUAUGCGGAAAGUUUGAAGCAACCCUUUGCCGACAGUCGGAUGGAUGAAGGAGACAUUAGCCCCAAGGUGCUUCAACUGAUUGGCAAUGAGAAAAUUCAGUAUGGUAUCCCGGUCCUCAAAUACGACAGGAAAGGCUUCAAGGCACGGCAGCGGCAGCUCAUUCUUACUCAGAAAGCAGCUUACGUGGUGGAACUUGCCAAAAUCAAGCAGAAAAUAGAGUACUCAGCACUCAAAGGUGUCUCCACCAGCAAUCUGAGUGAUGGAAUCGUAGUCCUUCAUGUUUUGCCAGAGGACAACAAGCAAAAGGGGGAUGCCAUUUUACAGUGUGAACACAUAUUUGAAGCAGUUACUAAACUCGUGAUGCUGGUUAAGAAGGAGAACAUCGUGAAUGUUGUUCAAGGAAGUUUACAGUUUUAUAUUAGCCCUGGAAAAGAAGGCACAAUAGCUUUCGACACUGGACCGGAAGAACAAGUCUAUAAAGAUAAAAAUGGACGGUUAACAGUGGUGUCAGUCCGGAGGAAGUCCUGAUAGAGGAUGACGUCUGACCUCCACCGCCACCAUUUUUGCUCCAGCUGAGGAAAGUACCAAGGAAGCGGGCAUUUGAUCCAGUUAGCUCCGCCUUCAAGGAAAGAUCCCAGCAGCACUGGAGAGAGAAUCGCACCUGAAGAACUGAGGGGCAUGUUACGCCAAAGCCUAACCCCAGCUGCCCUGGGGCACCUUGUUAAAAUGUCUUCCUAAGGGAGCAAUCGCAGGUCACCUGAGGGGGUGUGGUUUUCAACAUCCCCAGUAGUGCCUACACUUGAUCGGCACUUCAACACAUUAUAGAGUGGGCAAGAUUCUCCACCUUUGUCAAGCCGCCCUGAGUCACAAUGAAAUAUAUAUACAUCAGUAACAUCAUUUCAUUAUAACCUUGAUGACAAAAACUCACAGCCCCAGGAUGUGCACGGGCACAGCUACAUGGUCCCAGUGUGAAUGUGCCCUGCGGUGGGGUGGAAUCCUGGCCAGGGUGGGUUCUUGCCUCGUGCCCUGAGUUGCUGGGAUGGGCUCAGGCCACCCGAGACCCUGAAUUGGAACAAGCAGGUUGGAAAAUAAAUGAAUACAAAUUAUUAUAAAAUAAAAAUCUGUAAAGUAUGAUUACAAUAACAAUAUACAGGGUAUAAAAGUGCUCAGCAAACAAUCUUUGUGACUGUCUGGUUUUGAACUAUGUGGUGGUAGAGGGUCUCCGUAAAGGAAAUUUCAUAAUGCUACAAAAUUCAAGUUUUGCUUUAAAUAAAUGGAACUCAGAAGUGUCAAGGA